AUCGGUAUUCCAUUUCUUAGCUUCACUGUGCGUUUGAGAGAGAGGUAGAGAAAGAGGGGGGGAAGCGAGAAGACCUUCAGAUCUCUCUAAGCACGAGGAUCUUGAGGAGUUUUGAGCUUGGAGGAAACCCUAAGUAUUUUAAUCAAAUUGUGAAACCACCUGAAAUUGUUUGAAAGCAGCUCGGGAGAGUGUAUUCUUCAUCAAUCUUCUUGGCUGCACUGACUUUGUAUCUUACUGAGGCCAGGUCAAUUGAGGUAGUGAUUGUCGUCAUGGGAACACAGGAUCCAUUGUCUCGUGAAACAACAUGUGGCUCUUUACUUCAACAGUUGCAGAUAAUCUGGGAUGAGGUUGGUGAGAGUGAUGAUGAACGAGAUAAAAUGCUGCUCCAACUUGAGCAAGAGUGUUUGGAUGUUUAUAGAAAUAAAGUGGAUCAAGCUUCAAGGUCAAGGGCACACCUUCUUCAGGCAUUGGCUGAUUCCAAAGCUGAAUUUGCCAGGCUUCUUUGUUCCCUUGGAGAACAAAGUGUUGCAGGCAUUCCUGAGAGGUCAUCUGGUACAAUCAAAGAGCAAUUAGCAUCCAUAGCACCAGCGUUGGAACAGUUAUGCAAGCAGAAAGAGCAGAGGAUAAAAGAAUUUGCUGAUGUUCAGGCACAAAUUCAGAAAAUUAGUGGAGAAAUUGCUGGAAAUUUGAAAAUUGGUGAGCAUGUGGAAACUCCUGCUGUUGAUGAGGAUGACUUGUCACUAAAGAAGUUAGAUGAGUUCCACUCUCAGCUCCAAGAAUUGCAUAAAGAAAAGAGUGAAAGGCUGCACAACGUCCUCGACUUUGUUAGUGUGAUACAUGAUCUUUGUGCUGUUCUGGGAAUGGAUUUCUUCAGUACUAUAACUGAAGUUCACCCAAGUUUAGAUGAUUCUAUUGGUGUCCAGUCCAAGAGCAUUAGUGAUAAUACCUUAUCGAUGCUUUCCAGGACAAUCUUGUCACUGAAAGAAGAUGAGAAGUCAAGGCUUAAGAAGCUUCAAGAAUUAGCCUCACAACUAUGUGACCUUUGGAAUUUAAUGGAUACUCCUGAGGAAGAGCAAAGUUUAUUUAGUCAUAUCACCUGUAAUAUCUCUGCUUCAGUGGAUGAUGUCUCUACUCCUGGAGCCCUUGCCCUUGACUUGAUUGAGCAGGCCGAAAUUGAAGUUGAGCGGCUUGAUCAACUAAAGGGAAGCAAGAUGAAGGAAAUAGCUUUGAAGAAACAAGCUGAACUAGAAGACAUCUAUGCUCGUGCCCAUGUAGAGAUAGAUACAAUGGCUGCGAGGGAGAACAUUGUAUCUUUAAUCGAGUCUGGGAAUUUUGAACCUUCAGAGCUACUAAAUGACUUGGAUAAUCAGAUUUCAAAAGCCAAAGAGGAAGCACUAAGCAGAAAAGAAAUAUUGGAGAAGGUUGAGAAAUGGAUGUCAGCUUGUGAGGAAGAAAGUUGGCUUGAGGACUACAAUCGGGAUGAAAACAGGUAUAACUCGAGCAGAGGAGCCCACUUAAAUCUCAAGCGUGCAGAGAAAGCUCGUGUGUUAGUUAAUAAAAUUCCAGCGCUUGUUGAUACUCUGGUGGCGAAGACCCGAACAUGGGAAGAGGACCACGGUUUCGCAUUUACAUAUGAUGGUGUUCCUCUUCUAGCCAUGCUCGAUGAAUAUACUAUUCUCAGGAGAGACAAAGAGGAAGAAAAACGUAGAAUGAGGGAUCAGAAGAAGUUUCAUGAGCAACUGACAACAGAACAGGAAGCUAUUUUUGGCUCAAAGCCAAGUCCAGCAAGAUCUCUUGGCCCGAAGAAAGCAGUAGGACCUCGUGCCGGUGGAGGUGUGCCAAAUGGAACACCGAACCGGAGGUUAUCACUUAACACCCACAAUAACAGCAUGAAUGGUGGGAGAUCGACAGCUAGAGACGGAAGGAGAGAGAGCGCCCGCCUGGCAGCUCCGAUAAACUACGUCGCCAUUGCAAAGGAAGAAGCAGCAUCUUAUGUUUCCAGCAAUGAUCCAAUUCCUGCAUCCCCAUGAUGUAAAAAUUUCGUAUUCGAGUCAUAAGAAGUUUAGGUAGUUAAUGUUGGCAAAUUCCAUUGGUGCAGUUGCUAAUCCUUAAUCUUGGAUUACUAAACAAUCAUCAGUGUUAGUGACUGAUGUAAUCUUAGGAUUAUCUUUUAGUGAUUUGUAUCUCAAAAAAGAAAAUGGGAACUUGAGGAGCCCCUUUUGUAAAAUUCAUGGUUGUGACCAGUGCUUGAGUGAUAUGGUUGUAUAGUGUAAAACUAAACAAGCAAAAUAUACAGGGGCCUUUGUUGAUAAUUGA